AGGUGUACAACGUCAUGAAGUGCAUUUUUUAAAACUGUCACUCCUUUGCAGCAUAUGACAUAAAUUCACAGCUUAUAUGUAGGAGCGUUAGGAGACUGACACUACUCUCAGCCAUGAUAGCAUUUCUUGUUUUGAUCGGAUCUGUGGCAGUUUACGGCCAGGGUCAGAGCCAGGGCCACGCCCACGCCCACAACCACUCCUGCAUCCACAACAACCACCAGCAGCUGCAGGCGGACCAAGUCAUCAUCAGCGUCAUAGCCGACAUGGAGAAAGAUGGCGACGGCAUUGUGGAGCAGACCGAGGUCGAAAAGGAGUUUGUCGAGAAGUAUGACCAUGACAAGAGCGGCGAUGUCAGUGAAGAUGAGUUUGUAAAACAGUGGCAUCAGCAGUACCAUGACGCACCUGACUUUGCCGGCUACCUCUUCCACCACUUCGACUCCAACGAUGACCACAAACUGUCCGCCAUCGACAUCGUCAAUUUUGUGAAAAGUGCUGAUGCUGACGGAAAUGGUCGCGUCUCGAUCGCAGAGUUCCAGGCUUUCUUGACCAACCUCUACGUCAACUGCGUUCCGUCACAUUAUUCUCACGGCCGUUGAGAUGUGCUGUCAAGUAAAACAUUAUGAUGUAAA